CCUGGACCUUCUCACUGCAUUGCUUUGCCACAUGGCCCAAUAAGGCAGGCCUGCACAGGCCUUACUGCACAACAGCAAGAAGAUCACAUCCAACUUUGACCUCAUGUGAGUUGCGUCACGGCCUUCUUUGGGGAGGAUUAACUGACUACACAGCAGUUGUGAGCAGACGUGGUGCUGUCACAUAUUCUCGCUAUCUUGACACAGGCUGACAGUCUGUCAACUUCAGAGAAAUGGAGUGCCAAUGUGAGAAGGACAACGCCGAGGAUGCUGUUACAGACUGGUGGCUGAACAGCAACAACAUCCAAAUGGGAGCUUUUACUGUGGUGGGGUAUCUUCUCUACAGAUUCUCACAGACACUGCCAGCUCUGAUCCGAUGGCCGAUUCGUCUGUUCUGCACUCUAACCGGUCUGACAGCUCUUUGGAGUUGGGUGAGCCGCCUAGUGGGAACCCUUCGUGGAAUCCAGAGCCUGUGUAACUGGCUGUCUGGAAUUUGGCAGUUUAUUGAAGCAUCUUCCUCCAAGUUCAAGUCGCUGAUUAGUGUCAACACGGAGAUGGAUCCGUCCAGCAGCACCGACAAACCAGGCCUAAGGCUGAUCCUCCUGGGGCCCAUUGGUGGAGGACGGACCUCCCUUGCAGAUACUUUGUUGGGCAACAGUGAGACAAAGGCACCCAUGGGUCCCCUAAUGAAGAGCACCAAGAGGAGGACAGUAAUGGAUGGUAGAGAGGUUAUAGUGAUCGACACCCCAGAUCUUUUGGGGACGUCAUUGGGGAACGACAACAGAGCCAGGGAAGCUCUGAGGAGCCUUCAGCUCUCCGGUCCUGGACCGCACGCCCUCCUUCUGGUGAUACGAGCUCCGGGCUCCAGCACGGAGAUCAACCAGGAUGCGGCUCAGGCAAUCCGAGCCACCCUCGAGCUGUUUGGAGAUGGGGUCGCGGGGUACAUCAUCCCAGUGCUCACCCAUGCAGACCGCCUGGGUCGAAAGCGUACUGUAGAUCAGCUGCUGGAUGUGGACUCUGGGGCUCUGCAAAGGGCUCUGUCUCUAAGCGACCAGAGGCCAGAGCUGGUGGACAACAGACCAGACUGCCCCCCAGAGGCGCAGAGUGUGAUACGCAGGCAGCUGCUGGGGCGUGUGGUGGAGAUGAAGACACUGAGGGGGCAUUUUGUCCACGAGCUGCAGAAGAGGGAGGACCGCAUCAGGGAGGAGCUGCUAGCAGAUAUGGGCUCUGCCCUGGCUGGAAAACUGGGACGCGCAUGUGAAUGAGGGGGGGGGGGGGGGCAGUGAAAAAAAUAAGGAGACAGGAUUCAUUCAAGUGUUAAACGUGCAAUUUUGACUUUAAGUGCAAGGGUGAAUCUUUGCCUGAGGUAUUUUUGUCACUCUGCUGGUUCACCACUGUCCAAAUGAAUGUACUACUGCUGGAUGGCCGCCUUUUGGUUUUCAACAUGCCACCGAUGCUUUUGGUUAGAUAUCAUGCCCACACACACUUAAUUUAGCUAUUUUGAUGUGUUGUAAUUCCUCCAUGUCUGUAUAUUCUUUUGGAAAGGCGUGCACCUCAUGUUUUCUUACUCUGCUGCAGUGCUUGGCCCUCCCCUCUUUCCUUCAUAAUUUAUAAGAUAUCAAACUUUAAAGAUGAUCGGGGAAAAUAAACUAAAGUCACAUUGGGAGUUCAGCAGUACUGUUCUAUGUGUUCUUUGCUUUCUCCAGAGGCCUCUGAAAUAGCAUUUAGACAAGAUAAUUAACAAUUACUUUAAUAUGAACAAGUUCCAAUUCAAUUGCAGGUUUUGGAGAUUGUAUUUAUGUAGCUGUGAUCAGAAAAAAAAUCUCCUAUAUAUUGUCAACAAAUGACAGUAACAAGUUUAUAUAUAAUAAUAAUAAUAAUAAUAAUAUCACUAAAGCUAUGAUUCUGUCUUUAAUUGUGAAGGUAUCAAUCUUGUAUCUAUUUUACAAGUAUAUGUUGUCAAUCUAGUGCAGUAUAAACCCAUUUUCGUCAAUAACCUUUCAUUUUCAGAAUUGAGUUUGCCCACAUUUUUAGGCAGGCAAAUCCUAAUGAGCUGAGACACAAGUAGAUAGAUAGAGCAUUCAUCUAAACAAACAGUGCAGACCUUCAACAGACCAAUCAGGUUCCUCAUGGGCAUGAUGAUGUAUAAACGUAAGCAUAGGAAAGAAGGAAAGAAAAUAACCCCCAGUGGUCUGCUGUUCUUUUGCCAAGCCUGACCUCUGACCUGAGAGAAAGAGAAAACGAUUACGAUUAAACGAUUAAAGUAAUAGUUAGCCCCAGUCAUUAUGUUCCAGCUCGUCUGGGGGCCAGGGACUAUUUACAGUGCUGUGCAGCCAAACAAAUAUACUGCAAAA